GCCGUGGCGAUGAGGCCGGCAGUGCCUUCGCAGUAUGUUGGUGAUGUGCCGGGACCACUGCUGGCCUUGCUGCACGAACCGUGGAUGUUGAAAAACAUUGCGGCAUCGCAGUGAAUUUGAAGGGUGACAGGGGUUCCCUCAUUCAUGGCUUGAGCCUGGCAGGCAUAGGAUGGACUGUCAACUCCUCUGCAGGCACUGAAGUGACUUCACAAACAGUGGCCGUGAGCCGAAGACCUCGCGCAGGUGACACGUCUGCUCCGGAAAAGGCUUAGAGAGAUAUGGAGAUUGAAAGAAUCAUUCAAGACACACUGACAUGCUUCAUCCAGUCCCACAUCCCUGCAGCAGAUCUCAGUGGGAUGGAUGAUGUUUUCUUCUCUUACAUCACGGGUGUCCUGGAAGAGCUAGGCUCACCAGAGUCCUCUGAAGAGACUUUUGACAUGGACAUCUUUGUGGAAAUGAUGGAGGCAUAUAUUCCUGGUUUUGCAGAAAUCCACAGUGGGGAUGUUUGUGAAAUGAUGUUCUCCCUGUCAGAAAGGCUUUGUGAAGCUCGCAACAAAGAAAAACUUGGCCAAAAGGCUGUGGAAAGCAGGAGUGAAGCAUCCCCUGAAGAUCUCACCAAGGGCCAGGAGGCUGGAGCUGGAGCCUGCAACGGGGAAAGACUGUGCACUGUAACAGACGGAGCCGGGGCCCAGGAAGGUGCUGACUUGAAGGAUGGGGUGGAGCUGCUCCUGGAGAUGUUCCCAGCCUGUACUGUGAGCCAGGCAGAGAAGGCUCUUGCCAUGACCUUGGGGAACUUGGAAGAGGCAGUGCAGUUAAUUGUGGAGGAGAAGGUGGAAAUUGGCCCAGCAGGUGCAAGUGUGAAGGAACUGGCACGGCCCCGCAGAGCACCCAACCACGAGGAGCUAAAACAGGUCAUCCUACAGAAAUACAUGAUGGUGGAUAGUGCAGACGACCAGAAAACACACCGGCCAGCUCCACCCAAAGAGGCUCCCAAGAAGUUGAUCCGCUAUAUUGAUAACCAGGUGGUGAGCACAAAAGGAGAGAGGUACAAAGACAUCAAGAAGCCUGAGAGUGAGGAGAUGAAGAGAACCUACAUCAGCCUAAAACCAGCCAGGAAGUAUAAGUUCCACUGACAGCCAGGUCCUCCAGCUCUUCAACCUUCCACCUCAUUGCCAGGCAUGGCAGGAUGGAUGUGUGGUGCUAGGAAUGAGGUCGACUCCACCUGCCACUAACUUGAACUAACCUGGAAGCCAGGACACUGCUUUCAGCUUCCCUUUAACUAACCUGGCUGAGCAGACUUCUCUCCUUGUGUAGCUAUCCCUCUGCCCCCAGGGGCACACUGCAGUUGCUCUCCAGGACCUGGGCAUUCUCUGCUAUUCCUUGCAUGGGACAUUUUGAGAUCUGAGAUGUGGCAUGUGCUUUUGCAGCAACCUUUUUAACAAGUCUUUGUGCACUGUUGCUUUGAGUGCCAGUAUUAAUAAAGAUGAUGUGAGUUGGUGUGUAGUUCA